UCUGCGUGGAUGAUGACAGGAUGUAUGUGCAAUGUUGUUUCCUGUCAGGCUGCAGAGACGGGGGUUGAAUUAUGGAAAAAAAAACUUCUUUAAGAAACUCUCAUACACUCACGUCAGAACAGUCCAACUCAACAGACCUCAUCCCUUCAGUGUGGGUUUAUAUGUGUGUGUUCAAGCCCAGGAGUGCAGGAUGAGGCUACAGUAAAUGCAGGCUCAGCGGCUCUACUGACAGCCAUGAUGAACUGUGUACUAAAACGUAUGUGUGUGUGUGUGUGUAGAGAUUGCAGCCUCAGCAGGCAGAGAGGGCGCGACAAAGUGGGAUUGCUGCUGACAAAUCGGCGUACCGCGGUGAGGGAGGGGGAGAGAGGAAGUGGGAAGACGAAGAGAGUGGAGUCAGAGGUUUGAGUGGGAGACUUCUGUGGAAAAGGCGUGAGUGAUUUUUAAAAUGUGGGUUAUGAGAGAAAUGAAGACAGAGAUGUCAGAUUACACUUCAUAAUAUAAAGUGGUAUCACACACACGCUCUCUGUUUGUAACAAGGCAGCAGAGACUACAAUGAUUAAAGAUCUUAUUAAUUAUAAUUAUAGAUGUUUGACUCAAACAACUUGCACUAGGAAAUAAAUCAGGUGAAGGCACAGAAACCUCUCACUCUUGAGAAAUUUAAAUCUAAUCAAGUAAAGAAAUAAUUUAAUAUUCACUACAGAAAUAAAAAUGUCACAACUAAACAGUAAAAGCAAUAAUCAAAGUUGAGUUUGUUCAAAGAAAUAUUGUUUGUUCAGAGUUUAAGACUCUGAUCUGCUUGAUGAGAACUGUGUGGGUAUGAUCAGAUUUUGACUGACAGUGCAACGCUCCUCACCCACACUCACGACUGUCACCACACUUUGUUUUUAAAAGAUGACGUCUUCAGCAGCUCCAAAAUAAUGCAGCGUUUGGUUGGCAAAGAACAAUAACAGAGGGGUAUACCAGGCUUUUUUUCCUUUGAGUGUAAGUUCACGUUCAUGGAAAAGCUAUUGUCGAUUCAUUAGAAUCUGAAUCUGAAUCAGUUUUACUGCCAGGUAGGUAACAGUUUACAUACAAGGAAUUUUUGGUGUUAUUAAGGUGCAUGUAGCAGUCAACAUAUAUACACAGAAUUAGAAAAAGAAUAUAGAAUAAAACAAAAUAAAAUAUAAUAAGAUAAAAUGAAAUAAAAUUCACACUAUUUACAAUAAAUGAACAAUGAAUAUCGGGGUCACAGAUGGUUAAAUGUGAGUGUGGUGGAUCACGUUAACAUAAUGUGUAAUGGGGAAGGAAGGGAGGUGUCAGCGGGGGUCCCGGGCCUUGUUGAAGAGUCUGACUGGGACUGUUUUUAAAAAAGGUUAUGUUACUUUCCAUUUUGUCCAUGGACUACAUGUGAAAUGUGCACGUGUGAUAAAGGCUCGUCAACAUGACCUGCCACAGGUCUGAAUAAGCACAAAAUGAGCAGAAACAGUAGCUGUAUCAGUGCAUGUGAUGUAACCAGUGCACGCUGCAGCUGCUUUCUGUCAGCCAGGGGUGUUGUUCACUUAUUUUGCAGGGUAAUAGGCUGAAACAUGGUAGAAAAAAGACGGACACGGAUCAACUUCCCAGCAGAGCACAAAGAACGCAGUUCGAGACUCCUCUGUCAGUGCAACAUUUCACUCACUUCUUCUCGCGCCGAGGCGAGUGCAACAGGACAUGCGGAAAUGAAGGGGACACCGCAGGAGCAGUAAUGCUGCGGGCCUCAGAUCCACGUUCUCAGCCAUGGCUUCGAGCGCGGAGCCUCUGGAAAUCACCGGCAACGAGCUGGUCCACAUGCUCAGGACCCCCCGGGAGCCGCUCUCCGCCGGCGGGUGUGCGGUGCUCGACUGCAGGCCGUUCCUCGACUUCUCCCGCGCGCACAUCUGCGAGUCCCGCAACGUCAACUGGAACUCGAUGCUGCGUCGGCGCUCCAAGAGCUCCGUGGUGGCGCUGGAGUGGCUCGUGCCGGACAAGGCGCUCCUGGGUCGGCUGCGGCGCGGGGACUUCUCGCCGGUGGUGGUGGUGGAGGGGAGCAGCCGCCGCGUGGCCGAGCUGAGGCCGGAGAGCGUGGCCCAGAUGCUGCUCAGCGCCCUGCGGAACGAGGUCCACACGCAGAUCUGCUUUCUACAAGGUGGAUUUGAGGGAUUUUCCGAGGCCUCUCCAGAGCUCUGCUACAACUCUGCCAGCAGCCACUGCUCCUCAGUAGAACCAGAGCCAACAGUGGCGGGCCGGAGGACACCAGCAUACGACCAGGACGGUCCGGUGGAGCUGCUGCCCUUCCUGUUUUUGGGCAGUGCCUUCCACUCCUCCUGCAGGGAGACCCUCGCAGCAGCGGGCAUCACGGCCGUGCUCAACGUGUCCUCCACCUGCCCCAACUUCUACGAGGGGGACUUUGAGUACCUGCGGAUCACCGUGGAGGACAGUCUGGCUGCGGACAUCAGAGCCUGCUUCACCACAGCCAUCGCCUUCAUCGACUCGGUGAAGCAGAGCGGCGGUCGGGUGCUGGUGCACUGCCAGGCGGGUAUCUCCCGCUCCGCCACCAUCUGUCUGGCCUACCUCAUGCACACGCAGCGUGUCCGGCUGGACGAGGCCUUCGACUUCGUGAAGCAGCGGCGUCAUGUCAUCUCCCCCAACCUGGCCUUCAUGGGACAGCUGCUUCAGUUUGAGACAGAUGUCCUCUGCCAAGGAUGAAGACCAGGACGUGUUAAGAGGAAGGGAACUUACAUGACAAAUUCCCUUUUUUAGUUAAAUCUCCCGCCGCUUGUAGGCAUUGUGCUGGACUCAGGUCUGGAAACCAUAUGUACAAAUACACUGUUGUACUGUCAAAAACUAUAGUUCAAAACAGAAGUGAUGACUGUGCAUUCAGAGAAAAGCUACUUGUGUUGCUGGCAUCACGUGGCUGGUGGAUAUGGAUUCCUACUUGCACUAGAAAAUUACAAAUGUGAUCCUGUUGCAACAAACACGCAUUUGGCGAUAUAAACCCCAACUGUAGUAACUCACAACAUGAACAAUUGUGAUCCUGAGCCAGCAAGCUGGAGCAGCUGAGGUACUUCACCUGGUGUGUGUGUGUGUGUGUGUGUGUGUGUGUGUGUGUGUGUGUGUGUGUGUGUGUGUGUGUGUGUGUGUGUGUGUGUGUGUGUGUGUGUGUGUGUGUGUGUGUGUGUGUGUGUGUGUGUGUGUGUGUGUGUGUGUGUGUGUGUGUGUGUGUGUGUGUGUGUGUGUGUGUGUGUGUGUGUGUGUGUUGUAUUUGUGAGUCACUUUGUUUGACUUUCUUUUGUGCCCGAUCAUUUGCAAGGGCUUGUCUUAUUUUCAUACUGAAAGUCAUCCCUCAACCAUCCCGACCACUGUGACAUGACGUCUUUUUUUAUGAGACAACACUGUGUUAAACUACGAACAGCAAUACUGGAUAAAUCUCAAGUUUGAAUUUUCUAAGCUAUACAAAUGCACUAAGUGGAAUUAGUGUCUACUCAAAGGUGUAAUUAUUCUGUAUCCUGACAUAGAUUACACUUAGUACAAUCAAAUGGAAGAAGUUUAUUUUAUCAUUUUUAUUUAUUAUUGCUGUCUUUUACUGCACUUUAUACCAACAAAGUUUGGCUGAUUCCUGCUGUUUUUCCACUGAAAUAAAAACAUGGUGGAGAACACA